GUUAGCAUCGCUAGCUAUAACAGUGAGCGCCGCCGCCUCGGUACCGUUAAGGCUUAUGAAGGCAUUGAGCAGAGACUUCCGGCCCCUCGUCGACACGUCGGUCCGAGCCGCUCGUCCCGGCAGCGCGUUACGUCACAGACGCUGUGCGGCUAGCUGUUAGCACUGCUAGCACACGCAGGUCAACCUGUCGCUUACAGCUGUUAAGGUGGAGCUCUGAGGCCUGACAGGUGGCGUUAGUCAAUCAAUCAAUGAGGGGGACGUAACUAAGUACUACUCAAGUACUGGACAUAUUGGAGAGGACCAUGGCGUCGGGGGGUCGGCGCUACCUGCGGGCAUUCGUGGGCGGCUUCUUCGUGGCUGUUCCCGUCACCGUCACCGCACUGGACCGGCUGGCCUACGUGGCGCGAGUGGAGGGAGCGUCGAUGCAGCCCUCCCUGAACCCGGAGGGAGGGUCCGACUGCGACGUGGUGCUGCUGAACCGCUGGAGCGUGAGGAACUACGAGGUGCGACGCGGCGACAUCGUCUCCGUUAUGUCCCCCAAGAACCCCCAGCAGAAGAUCAUCAAGCGGGUGAUCGGCCUGGAGGGCGACUUCAUCAGGACUCUGAGCUACAAGAACCGGUACGUCCGGGUUCCUGACGGUCACUUCUGGAUCGAGGGGGAUCACCACGGACACAGUCUGGACAGCAACAGCUUCGGACCGGUGUCCGUGGGGCUGCUGCACGGCCGAGCCUCUCACAUAAUCUGGCCGCCGAAUCGUUGGCAGCGAAUUGAAGCAUCUCUCCCGGCGGACCGAGGGCCGCUGGACACGGAGGAAGAGGAGGAAUGAAGACGCACAAAGACGUCGUCCUCAUGUCAUCACUUUUAUAACUGGAAGCUGAGCUUUGAAGCCAUUCAAAACCUCAGCUUGUGACACUCAGGAGUCACCGGACCAUUUAAGUUCUUUUAUUCAAACUGUUGGGACUGAAUAUGGAGGAGGAGAUUUGCAGUUUUCUGUAGAUUGGGGAAGCCCCUCCCCUUCCUGUGUUCCUGGGACUGAAGUUCAAAGAGAGCUUUUUUGAUUUUUGAAAUUUCAACGUGAAUUAAGACAUUUUGAUAUUUGUCUAAAGACACUUUUGCACAUGAAGAAAGUCUGUUUGUAAUCUAUUUGUAAUCUAUUAGAAUCGGUUAGUCUCAUGUAGCGUUAUCUCAGCUGAUGCGGUUUAUCCAGUGCAACUUGAAAUUCACCUGAAGGGGCGGGGCUUCAACUGGCCAAUCAUACACUAACAUUAGCGGAUCAUGCUAAUGUUAGCAGCUCUGUCCUCCUCAGUCUAGACUCCAGCAUCUCCAAACAAUGUUUCUCUAACAUUCAGUGUUAUUGUAAAACUGAAGUAUGCCUUUUGAGGGAAUAUUCAAAAAGUAUGAAUGAAAGAGGCAUUAGAAUGAAGUAACUGCACUGUUCCUUCAAAGAAGCAUUACUUCAAUACGUUACAUUUGAUGUGUUCUUAUUCAAACAUCUUAAAAUAAGGAAAGACUGAGCACCUAAA